AAAUUACUUCAGCAUGCUGCAAGUUUCUUAUAUUAAUCGACAAAAUAAAAUUUCCUCUGCUCUUAAUGAAUUAAAUAACUCUGCCAACCCCAAAUGCCCAAGUAUCAACAGUGUAGCAAAAAAUUUUGGGCUUUCUGAAGCUACCCUUCGACAUGCAGCAAAAAAUGGUGGUCCCUCCAAACAUCGUAAUCCCUCUACUAUCUUAACAAAACAUAAGAAAAACCAGCUUGUUGGCUAUUGCAUAAAUAUGCAAUGGCUUGGAUUUGGUUUAACUAAAUCUGGGAUUAAUCAUUGUGUAAUGGAAAUUAUGGACCACAAUAAAAGACUACAUCCAUUUGGAGAUAAAGGGCCAGGUCGGGACUGGUGGACCCGUUUCAUGAGAGACCACCCUAAACUAUCAUUCUGUAUCCCUCAAGAAUUAUCCAAAGCUUAUGUGCAAAGAGCCAAUGCCACUAUCAUUAAAGAUCAUUUUGAUAAACUUAAACAAAUCAUUAAUGAAAACUCACUUACCGUGCUGCAGGUUUGGAAUAUAGAUGAAACAGAGUUUGUUCUUGUACCUAAGUUGAAAAAAGUUUUUGCAAAAAAAGGCUCACACCAGGUUCAUAAGGUUGCGUAUAAAAAUUCUCAUGAGCAUAUCUCAGUUGUUCCAACAAUCUCAGCUGCAGGAUCAUGCAUUCCACCUUUAAUUAUCUAUAAAGGUUCUCGCACAAUUCUCAGUUUGUUACAAGGUGCACCUCCUGGAACACCAUCUGGAAUUUCUUUUGCAAAAUUAAAAAAGGAGUUUGGGAAACAAUAUGACAAUUAUCAUAAUACUACUAGCAAAGUAGUAACAAAACAUACCUUCGCGAAACUUUUUGGUCCUGCUUUUAUUGAUACUUACAUAUCUUUAGCUAUCUGUAAUGCCUUUAGGGCUACAGGAAUAUGGCCCUUUAACUCUAAAGCUAUUAGCCCAGACUGUUUGGACCCUUCCCUAGCAACAGAAUGUUUUGAUAUUAUGCUUUCGUCUGAUCAACCUUCACAACCUACCAUUAUACCUUCGUCUGAUCAAUACUUACAACCUAUUAUUGUACCUUUGUCUAGUCAAUCUUCACAACUCGUCAUUAUAUCUUCGUCUACAACCAAAGAAGAAUUAAAAACCUAUAAAAGCCCCAGAACAAGUUCUUUACAUUCGGUUCUCAGGUAUAAUUUUUCUUGUGCCCUGCAAGCUGAGACUUUGGACAUUCCUUUAGAAAUUCGACAAGAAUCUGGCCCCUCUCCUAAAAAAAGAAAGACAUUUCUGUUUGCACAACUUCUUACCAAUGAUGAAAGUUGGCAGAAGUUGAAAGAAGCAAAUGAAGAAACUGAAAAAAAACUUGAAGAAGCUAAACAGAAAAAAGAAUUAGCAGCCCAGAAAAAGAUGGAAUGGCAGCAAAAUUUAGAGCAAAAAGGGAAGAGCUAG